AUGCGCACAAACGCAACCCGAGACUUCACUGGAAGUCAAAUCUCUUCUGGUUUCACGCGCUGUAAAGCCGACAGCUCGAGCUCAAGCUCCGGUACCGACUGUAUGUUUAAAUAAUUAUGCAGUUUUAAAUUUUCAUUAUUAAUUUAUUAAUCUGCGCAUGCGCGUGAGAGCGAGAGAGCGAGAGAGAGAGAGAGAGAGGACACGGACAAGGCACGUGAAGGUGUGUGUUAGGUGUGUCAACAUGCUGUCGAGACUGCGUGUGAGUGUGUGGCCGUGUGUGAGUGUGUGUCGCUGCGCUCACACUAAAGAGAAGGGCAAACCACUGAUGCUCAACCCACGGACCAACAAGGGCAUGGCCUUCACCUUGAAGGAGAGACAGGUUCUGGGACUCCAUGGUCUGCUGCCCCCGAAGAUUGAGACUCAGGACCUGCAGGCCAUGCGCUUUCAGAAGAACCUGAGGAAGAUGUCUGAUCCCCUGCAGAAGUAUAUCUAUCUGAUGGGGAUUCAGGAGCGUAAUGAGCGUUUGUUCUAUCGAGUGUUAAUGGAGGACAUUGAGGCCCUGAUGCCUAUCGUGUACACGCCCACUGUGGGACUCGCCUGCACGCAGUACGGACACAUCUUCCGCAGGCCCAAGGGCCUGUUUAUUUCCAUUAUGGAUCAGGGACACGUCCGUUCCAUCCUGGACAACUGGCCAGAAACUAAUGUGAAGGCCGUGGUGGUGACAGACGGUGAGAGGAUUCUGGGUCUGGGUGAUCUGGGUGUGUAUGGAAUGGGUAUACCUGUAGGGAAGCUGUGUUUGUACACAGCCUGUGCUGGAAUCAGACCAGAAAGUUGCCUGCCGGUGUGUAUCGACGUGGGAACAGAUAACAAGAAGUUGCUAAAGGACCCGUUCUACAUGGGGCUGUACCAGCAGCGUGAGCGCUCACAGCGGUACGAUGACCUGAUCGAUGAGUUCAUGGAGGCGGUGGUGGAUAAGUACGGUCAGGACACACUCAUACAGUUCGAAGACUUCGGCAACCACAACGCCUUCCGCUUCCUGAAAAAGUACAGACACCGAUACUGCACCUUCAACGAUGAUAUCCAGGGCACUGCAGCAGUAGCUUUGGCGGGUUUGUUGGCAGCACAGCGUGAGGUUGGGAAACCAAUCACUGAGCACACUGUUCUGUUUCUGGGAGCUGGAGAGGCAGCUCUGGGCAUCGCUAACCUGAUCGUCAUGGCAAUGAUGGAGGAGGGAGUGAGUCUCACGGACGCUCGCAAGAAGAUAUGGAUGUUUGACAAAGACGGCCUCCUCGUCCAGGGCAGAUCUCAGUCCACAGACAGUAAUCAGGAAGCAUUUGUUCACCUGAGUCCAGGAGAUGUAAAGAGUUUUCUGGAUGCUGUUAAUGUCAUCAAACCCACAGCUAUCAUCGGUGUGUCGGGGGCGGGGCGUCUAUUCACUCCCGACGUCAUCAGAGCAAUGGGCUCGUUAAACGAGCGGCCAAUCAUCUUUGCUCUCAGCAACCCGACUGCUAAAGCUGAGUGCAAUGCAGAGGACGCCUAUGGCCUCACACAGGGUCGGUGUCUGUUUGCCAGUGGCAGUCCGUUUGGUCCUGUAACUCUGGAUGACGGCAGAAUACUGAUUCCAGGACAGGGAAACAACGCUUACAUAUUCCCAGGUGUGGCUCUGGCUGUGAUCCUCAGUGGAGUCAGACACAUCAGUGAUACGGUGUUCCUUGAAGCUGCCAAGACCCUGGCAGAUCAGCUGACUGAUGAGGAGCUGAGUCAAGGUCGGCUUUAUCCUCCACUGUCCAACAUCAGAGAGGUGUCUGUGCAGAUGGCUGUCAAGGUGGUGGAGUACUUGUACAGUAAGGGCAUGGCAUUCCGGUACCCGGAGCCAGUGGAUAAGGAGGCGUAUGUGAGAUCAGUCGUGUGGAACACGCAGUACGACUCCUUCCUCCCCGACACCUAUGACUGGCCCGGUGUCUCCCACAGCCCCAUACUCGACUAAUCCCCACACCUGCGACUGGCCCGGUGUCUCCCACAGCCCCAUACUCGACUAAUCCCCACACCUGCGACUGGCCCGGUAUCUCCCACAGCCCCAUACUCGACUAAUCCCCACACCUGCGACUGGCCCGGUGUCUCCCACAGCCCCAUACUCGACUAAUCCCCACACUCAUGUUGAUCCCUAGUACUGCAGUAACACUCCUCCUGAUAAUCUGAAUUCACAACCUCACUAUUGAAGGAAAACUCCAGCUGUGUGUGUGUAUUACAAUUAUAAAUAUUAAAGAUAAGCAUAAUCAAGAAAUAAUACACAUAUGCUCUACACACACACACACACACACACACACACACACACACACACACCCACUCCUGAUGCACGUAUACACACACACACUCCUGAUGCAGGCAUACGCGCACACACUCCUGAUGCGCACACACACACACACACUCCUGAUGCACACAUUUCCUCGCACUUUUGUGUAAUGAACAAAAUCCUCCAGUAAGCUUCACCUGUGUGAAAGAAUAGCUGCUAUCAUUCACAACACUGGAGUCUGUCCUGGGAAAAUUUGGUGUGAGGCAGGAAAACACCCUGGAUGGAGAGCCAGUCCACACACUGUUGUGUUCUUGUGAAGAAUGUGGGGAACCCACAUGGUGGAGAACAUGUGAAGCUCCACACAGACAGUAACCCGAGAUCAGGAUGGAACCCUGAAGCUGUAAGGAAGUGAUGAUACCUGCUGCUGAUAACAUCCGUCCCCUCCUGAAGGCAUCAUCACCGCUCGGCUCGCUCCUGUAGUUGUGUGUGUGUCUGCAGCAGACUGAUAUUAUUUAAAAUAUGAAGUGAGUAAUGAGCACCAACACACCGCGUGCUAAUGACUGCAGUUUUAGUUCAUUACAGCAUCCCUGACUUCUCAGUGUAGCACUGUGAGUGUGUAAGUUAUGUGAAUGAACAGAGCCACGACAAGAUGAUGAUGAUUAUUAUUAUUAAUAUUAUAAGAGCUUUGGUGUUUAGCUGCGACUGUACUGUACACUGAAUUUAUUCCAUUUCAGUUGGACGUUGCUUUGGGUAAAAGUUUUUGCUUUAUGAAUAAAUGUAUAAAAUAUAA